AUGGCAGGCAAGAAUAGGAAGAAGAAUUUGUGUUCUCCAUUAGUGGUAUCAACCGACUGUUCCAGGUUGAAGAAGUCAUCUUACCUCCAUUUCUUUGGCUCCAAAUCAUCAUCGUCUCAUAAUCAUGACUUGCCAGAAAAACAGCCGCUAGUUUUAUCCUCGAAUGAUCCUUCUCCCCCCAAUAUCCCAACUUAUCACAAACGCAUUAAUGAUGCUCGGGCGACGGUUCAGGAGUACCGGAAAAGAGUGCAGCAGCUAGAACACGAGCUGGUUCGACUGGAUGAGUGGCUCAAUGCCAAGACAAAUGAUGCACCAUCAUCUGAUCAUUCGGGAAGGAAAAGCAGAAUUCCUGAGAUCCUGAGGCUGCAGGGCGAUGGCGGAUAUCUCCACUGUUUUAACGCCCGCAGUGCAUUGCUGGAAAGGUCUGCUCGAAAUUUCGCCAUGCAAGUCUCCCUGCCGGCGGUCAUUCCAGUGGAAGGCAGGGCCUCAGUUAAUAUUUCGGAGGUCUUAUAUCGGAUGGCAUCAAUGGGGAAGAACAGGUUGAUCCUCUGGCUCCUUGAGUCAAUGCCGAUGAGUGACAUUUCUGGCACGGGGUUUAAAGGAUAUCCCAUCCUACCGCACACCCAAGAUGCUUCUCUGGAAACAAUCUUCUUGAGCGCAGUAGGUGAGCUAGAGAAGCUGGCCAUGGAGGGUUUGAAAAUUCAGAAGAAUGAUCAUAGGGAAAGAGGAGAGGUUAAGAAUGAUGAGAAAAAGGGGAGUAGGCAGAGAACUAGUGUUGGGGAAGAAUAUGUGCUUGAGGUGAUGCUGAUGCAGAUGAGAGAUCCUGAGAAAGAGUAUGAGGCUGCCGGGGAUGUCAUGAUUGGGUUUGUCCAAGCACGUAUUGAGGAAAAGGAAACGGAAACAGAAACAGAGAGUGGGAUUCUGAUUAGGGGAGUCCAUGUUGCAGGAAUUUCAGCUAAAAUCAGAGAUGGGAUGUCUAGAAGAGAAGAUUAUUUGUGGUGUGUUUCUAUGACAAGCUGUGAAGGAAACUGUGGGAAUGGCAGUUGGAAGUUUGAAAGAAUACCUGAUAUUGCCUUCCCACUGCACAACUGAAAGGUUGAUUCUAUUGUAUAGAAUCGGCUUUUGAAGUAGCUUCUAUCCUCCUAAAUUUUUUAUCUACCUUUCUACCAAGUUCCAUGCACGUAGAACUCUUCAGUGUUCAGUUUUCUUUAUUUAUUAC